UGAUUUUCUAUUUUCAACAGAUCGUUUUACGAUAUGUUGAAACUCGUGAUCGCUUUGUCUAUGGUUGUCUACGUUUUCGGCAACUCUAUUCCUGAUGGGCUUCAGGAACUAUCUGUAGGCCGAAUCAUUGGAGGCACGGCCACCACCAUUAGCAACUUUCCCUGGCAAGUAUCCUUACAGCGUAGCGGCAGUCAUUCAUGUGGUGGCUCCGUUUACUCCGUUAACAUUAUUGUGACUAGUGCCCGGUGUCUGCAAUUCGUGCCCGCUGCCAUCGUCCAGGUUCGUGCCGGAUCAACUUACUGGAAUUCUGGGGGUAUCCUGCUACAGGUUUCCGCUUUCCGAAACCAUGAGGGCUACGAUGCAAACACCAUGGCUAACGAUAUUGCUGUCGUCCGUCUGAGCUCAUCCCUGCCCUUUAGCUCCACCAUUAAAGCAAUUGAUUUGGCCAAUUAUGCACCCGCUAACGGAGAUACCGCGUCAGUUUCUGGGUGGGGAACAGAGUCUUAUGGAUCCAGCUCUAUUCCUUCUCAGCUACAGUACGCUAACGUAAAUAUCAUCAGCCAAUCCAUAUGCGCUUCCUCUAGCUACGAUUAUGGUAGCCAAAUCAAGAACACCAUGAUCUGCGCUGCUGCCAGCGGCAAGGAUGCCUGUCAGGGUGAUUCCGGUGGCCCAUUGGUCUCUGGCGGUGUGCUAGUUGGUGUAGUGUCCUGGAAUUAUGGCUGUGCCGCCUCAAACUACCCAGGUGUCUACUCUAAUGUAGCUAUCCUUCGAUCAUGGGUGAUUAAUGCAGCCAGUAAUAUCUAACAAGUUGUUUCAAUAAAAAUUUUUU